AUGGCGCGGAGCCAAGGCUCGAUGAUGUCACCGCGGUCAACUGCCGCCAAGACUCUCGAGCUGGGCCGGCCCGCUAAGUCUCGCUUGACCGGAGACUUCCUCGUACUUCCGGCGACACCUCCAUCUCCACCAACACCGAAAGACCGCGGCUCGAGGUGGCGCGGUCGAGUUACUACAUACAACCUAUCCUAUAAUCCUACCACCAUGGCUCCGUCCGGUCUGACGGUCAACAACGACUCACAUCUUACGCGCUCGAAGCUCAGACGAGUCGCCCCUGAAAUCGGUGGAUCAGAAGGAGGUUUCAUCGGCCUCGUCGUGGGUCUAUGCCUUAUAAUCGUCAUCUGCUGCGUCGUCGUCGUCGUCCUCCUCCGAAAACCAGAGCCCACGCCUGCCGACCGCGCCCGCCGCCGCCGACAAAUGCAAGCACGACAAUCUGCACAAUCAUCGUCCAACAGCUUUGUGGCCAAAAUCCGCGCCGUGUUCUCCUCCCGGUCCGGCAAUGGCCACGACGUUCCGUCUGGCGAGCGCGGGUUCAGCCUCGAGCGCGGGCGGAAGAUCAUCCGCGGGCUGAGCAUGACUUCGACCGACCGCCGCGUGCGCGGCUGGCUGCAGGCGAGCGGGGAUGACUGGGACGACGCGGACGAGGUCGCGCACUGGCGGGACGAGUCGCCGGGGCCGAACGCGAACCGGUGGUCGGGCAGCACCAUCAGCGGGGACCACGCCGAGCUGCCGAAGGACAUACAAGACGAAUCGCGCUCGUCGUUCAGACACGGGGCCCACGACGACGAUGACGACGAAACGGACGAGGAGGGGGAGAACCGCGUGGAGAUGCACCCCGUGCGGCGGCCGUCUCCCGAGCUGCAUAUACGCCCGGCGGGCGCGGCGACGCCUGUGGUCGUCGCGCUGCACCAUCCGACGCGGGAUCGGCAGGGAUCGGUCGCGGGGGAGAGGGGGAUGACCCCUAGCACGGAGGGCCCGGGUCAUUCGAGGGAGGGCAGCGCGGACACGGCCGGCAGCAGCAGUACCGUGCAAGUCGGGAGACCACGAACGAGGGACAGCACGAUGAGCGGGAUGACGAGCCCGACAGGCUCGAUAUGGACGUUCGAGCGGGGGACGAAGUUCAAGGAAAACAUCUGAUUGCGCGGGAUUUCGGUGUGGUAUGUAUGGACUGUGGUGUGGGACCUGAAUGACCUGGUCGACUGUUGACGUUUGGGGCUGGUUCUUGCUCGUGUUCCACAAUUGUAUUCAUUAUCAUCUCACCUCUGCUCUUCGUGUAUCGGCUAGUGCUUGUGUAGCUGGUAUGCGUGGUGUACUAGUAGUAUGCGACAACGGACGGUCUGGAGCCCGUCCAUGACUUAUUCGAUCCUCA